UUAACUUUUUUCGUUAUUAUUAUACAUUAUAUAUUAUGUGAUUUUUUCUUGCAGAAAUUCUUCAUGUUUAUCUAGAGAUGCAGAUUGCUUUAAAAGUAAUUAACACAUAUAAGAAAGGCCGUUUAAAAAGUUUUAAAAAUUAUUCUGAUGCUGUAGCGUAUGCAAAGACUGGAUAUAAACAAUGUUCUUGCAAUCAUUCCACAACAACUGCAAUGAUACAAGAACAAUCAAAUAAUUUUAGGGCACCAAAAACACAAGAAUUUAUAGCUUUUAAAAGAUUGAUCGAGGAUGGAGAUUUAGAAGCUGUGAAGAAUAUUGUAUGGGAAAAUCCGAGAUAUUUAAUCAGUAGUGCAGAUACACCUGCUAUUUUGCAGAUGGGCUAUCGAUACAACGCUUUACAUAUAGCAGCAAAAAAUGAUAAGCCGGAAAUAUGCGAAUUCAUAUUGAAUACCGUUGGAGACUCCAAAUUUAUGCAGUUGUAUUAUGGAGAAAAUAAAUGUAAAACUUAUUUAAAUUUUGCGCAAAUGAUGCAAAAUUUUUAUUUAAAUACACCAGAUAAAGGACUCAAUGAGACACCGUUGCAUUUUGCUGUUAAAUUCGGUUUUAAGGAUGUUGUUCGGGUUCUUGUCUCCUAUUCUCAAUGUAUUAAAAUCUCACCAAAUAAGUAUAAUCUUCUGCCUGUAGAUAUAAUAUGCAGCAGAAAGUGCCAAGAAAAUGAAACUCUGAAACAUGAGAUACGUAUGUUGCUAGAAGAUCAAUUCUAUGUACCUGUAUUACGAGCAGAAGGUAAUGCAUGUCCAGCUAUCAUUGGGGAACCAUUCUCACCAACUAGUCCACUUAAUUUAAACAGAGAUCCUAUCAGUCCACGUAUAGAAGUAAGAGCAUUUGCUGGUCCAAUGACUAAAACGCAGGCAGUAGAAUUUCGAAAAAAAUGGAAAACACCACCACGUAUUACCCCUAAAAAAGGACAAAGCGAUGUAUUCAAUAUUAUGAAUAGUCCUGGUAUAACUUUGAGAUUACAAGAUACAGAAAAAGGAUUGGAAUACGUUGGAAGAGAUCUUGCUAAAGAAUAUCAAGUACCUUGGAAGGAAUAUUGGUCGUUUUUAAAAGAUUUCGUUGAUUUUCGAACUGAUGAAGGAUUAACAAAGCUUGAAAAAUAUUUAGAACAAAGAUUUAAGGAUAAACAGGAACAAUUAUUUUAUUCUAUGAGAAACUUAAUUACUAAUGCGAAUAUAUCAACAUAUGAUGAAGAUAAAUCAACAAAUUGCCAACAAAUAUCAAAAGAGAUAAAUGCCAGUAACGAUAUACAAUAUUUAUGUGAUAAAUUCGUAUGUAUGCGCUCAUUAACUGCUGAGCUUGACAAUAUUGACGGAGAUACAGAUAGUUCAGAAUUUUUUACACCUCCAUCUUCACCAGAACUUAUUCGAGAUAAUUUUGAUGAUGAUAUGCAGAAUGCUGAAGAAGGUCCUCCAAUGUUUAUCGAAGAAUCUUUUCCAACAAAAUUAGAUUAUGCUGUUUAUAAUGCGCUUUCAUCUGUAAUUUGUUCCGAAACAUAUCCUUACAUUUAUCGUUGGCGACACGAUAUGCGGUUAGCUAUGAACCGUGAUCCAUACAGAUUUAAUAACAAAAAUUCUCUCAGAAGAAAAUUAUUUACAAAUAAAUAAAUAACAAAUUAUUAUAAGUUAUGUAUAUAAGAACCAAAUAUAUAUUAACAUUUGAACUUUAAUAUUGAUAACUAUGGGCAAACUUUGGAUUAACACUUGAGCUGUUUUUUUUUUUAUAGAUUAUAAUCUUAUAACAUAAAGAAAAAUUAACUCAUCUGAAUUUUAACUGAAAUUUAAAAUUGAUGUAUAGCUGGUUCAAAAGUUAACUAUGUUAAUGUCGCAUAAAAUGUAUGAACUUUUGUUACAUAAUAUUGUUAGAUAGAUCCUAAGUAUAUUUGAAAUAAGAUAAUAUAUUUUGUGAUAUUUUUACAAGAUUUGUGACUAGAAAUGUUCAUGCUCAAACAAUUCAAAUUAUUAGUGUG